GGGAGGAAAAAUUACAGCUUAGACCAAAUCAAACACGUCCAGAUUGUUUUUAACUCCUGUGGGUAAAAUACAGUCAGAACAGGACCUGAAUGGGUCAGAACCGGGUCAGAACCAGGACUUUUUUAUUGAAAAUUCUGGCACUCUUUUAUUUCUGAUUCUAUUUACUUCCAAUGGUUGAAAUUUUUCAUUGGUUUCUCUCAUAUUUUGUGAUUUUAUGUCGGUUUGUUCUGAUUCUCUUGUUUUUUGGGUUUUCUAGACAUUUUCUUUGCCCAGUGAUCCUGCAGAUUGUGGAGUAACGGACAGAUUAGGCAUUAAAUUAUGAGAUUAUUUUUAGUUUUGAUUUCUUGCUGCCUCCCUGCUGGUUCUGAUCUUUCUGCAGAGCUCAGCUGCAUGUUUACAGCAAACAUCUGGACCUUCGUCUGUCUGACACAGAGACGUUAUUGUCCAGCUCUCUGAGACGUCCUUGUCUCUCUCCCUGUCUCUCUCUCUCCCUGUCUCUCUCUCUCCCUGUCUCUCUCUCUCCCUGUCUGUGUGCUGAGCUGUACCUGCAGCGCCUCGGCCCGUCAUUUCCUCUGACUCUCUGUGAAUCACGGUGAGUAAGCGGCGGCAGAAUGUGCUGCGUGCUCAGACCUGCUGCAGGACAGCAGAGCGGUUAAAACCCGGCGCUCGCCCAGAACCAGAACAUUCUCCUCAGCUGAUUUCUGGAUCCAACGACAUGGAGAGCUGCUGGGUUUUACUCUGCGUGGUUCUGGCUGCUCUGGGCUCGGUCCAGACCACCUACACCUCCUACUCGGACUCCCGCUGUGAGUGCGGCGGCCGGGCGCGGCGCUGCCUGCGGGACGCCUGGGGUCUGCGCUGCCUGGACUGUCAGGGAAACACCGAGGGUCGACACUGCGAGCGCUGCAAGGACGGAUUCUACCAGCAGGGGGCGCAGCUGAGCUGCACGCCCUGCAACUGCAACCCUACAGGUUCUGUUAGCAACACGUGUGACAGCAGGGGGCGCUGCAGCUGUAAGGAAGGCGUCUCUGGAGACAAAUGUGACCUUUGCCCCGACGGCCCUAUGGGAGCGGAGGGCUGCAGGAAGAGGCGCCAGGACAGAGAGGAUUCUGGGAGUUUGACUCUGCCGUGUUUCUGUUACGGACACAGUGCGCGGUGUUCUGCUCAGCCUGGUUUCUCCGUCCACAACGUUUCCUCCACCUUCAGCUCAGGUCCGGACGGCUGGAAGGCGGCGACGGCCCAGCGUACGACUCCUCGGGACGUUCUGUUCCGCUGGUCGCCCAGACACCAGGACCUGGAGGUGGUCUCCAAGCAAAGCCUGCCCACUUACCUGUACGCACCAGACGUUUACCUGGGGAACAAGCUGCUGAGUUACGGCCAGAACCUUUCCUUCUCGCUGCGUUUGGACCGCGGCGUUCGCCACCCGUCCACCAGCGACGUCGUCCUGGAGGGCGGCGGCCUGACGGUGGCGGCGGCGCUGGGGGACCUGAGGGCCGUGGUCCCCUGUGGGAAGAAGAUCAGCUACACCUUCAGGCUGGACGAGAAGCUCAGCAGCAAGUGGAAACCUCAACUUUCCUCAUUCGAGUUCCAGAAGCUUCUCCAGAACCUGACGGCCAUAAAGAUCCGGGCCACGUUCGGAGAAGACGGACGCGGUUACCUUGACAACGUGAACCUGGUUUCGGCUCGCCGUGGGGACGGCGUCGCGGCCGGCUGGGUCCAGACCUGCACAUGUCCACCAGGAUAUGAGGGCGACUUCUGUGAGCGCUGCUCAGUCGGGUUCAGGCGCCGGGCGCCGUCAUCCGGGGCCUUCAGCGCCUGCGAGCCGUGCAGCUGCAGGGGCGGCAGCUGCGACCCCCAGACCGGAGACUGCUACUCCGCCGACGAGACGCCCGGCGAGCGGAGCUGCUCCGAGGGGUUCUACAGAGACCCGCGGCAGCAGGGGACCUGUGAGCGCUGCCCCUGUCCGGAGAGGUCAUCCUGCUUUCUGGAGGCCGGAGUUCUGGAGCCUCAGUGCCUCCGCUGUCCGCAGGGAACCUUUGGGUUUUACUGCGACACCUGUCGGGAGGGUUUCUAUGGCGACCCCACAGGUCUGCGAGGCGCGCAGCGACCCUGCAGACCCUGCAGCUGCAACGGUCACAUCGACGUCAGCGCGGCGGGAAGCUGCGACCGCAACAGCGGAGAAUGUCUGAAGUGUCUGAACAACACGACCGGUCGGUUCUGUGAGAGCUGCCUGCCCGGGUUCUACCGCAACCCGUCCACCAGCGCCUGCAAACCCUGCAGCUGUGACCUCCUGGGCUCAGAGGACGGCCAGUGCGACGCGGCCGGCCGGUGCCGGUGCCGAGCGGGCUUCCAGGGUCCGAGGUGUGACCGGCCCAACUGCCCCACCUGCUUCAGCCCCAUCAAGAAGAAGAUGGAGCUUUACUCCAUCAGACUGAAGGAGCUGGAGUUCUUGUUGUCUGCGCCGGGUCGGGUUCCGACCAACCGGGCUGAGAUGGAGGCGACUCUGAGAGCCAUGGAGGAUCUGAUGCAGAACCUGCAGCAGAGCGCCCAGCGGCUGACGGACCAGGAGAAGACGCUGCAGACUCGCCUGUCGUCCAUCAGCGGCCGUCAGCUCACUGAAGAACAGGAGAUCCAGAACAUCUCAGAGACGGUCAAACGCAUCGGCCAGCAGCAGCGCACCUUCAAGUCCAAGGUGGAGGAGGUGGAGGCGCUGAUCCCUGCCAUGAAAAACCUCCUGAAGGAGGCAAAAACCAAAAUCCAGUCCGUGGAACUUCCUGUCCGCGAUGAUCCGCUGACUUCAGGCUCGCUGUCCUCUCUGGUGCAGCAGGUGACAGGCCUGGCUAAUGAACACAAAACGACGGCGGGUUCUGUGGAGCGGACGGCCAACCAGGCUCUGAACGACUCCAAGCAGAGUCUGGAUCUGAUCCGGACUCUGAUGAACAAGGAGAACAAAGUCAAGGAGCUGAUUGGAGAUCUGCAGAGUCUAUACGAUAAAACCUCAGCAGAUGUGAAGAGUUUGGAGAAGCGAGCAGGAAGUCUGAGCGAAGACGCCAAACAGGAGAGCAAGAUGGCCGACGGCAUGCUGAAAGACAUUUCCAGGCUGGAGAAGAACCUCCCACCGUCUAUGAAGGAUGCUGUGGACGCCAUGGCAACCAGGCUGGACGCCCUGAAGGAGGCGGCGCAGAAGAACAUGUCCGCCGUGGACGAUCUGCUGGGCGCUGUGGAGGAAGACCGGACCGACGCCGAGGAGCUGCUGGAUCAGGGACAAACCGCCCAGCAGGAGUUCAACAAGCUGCUGGACCGGGUCCGCGCCGCUAAAGCUGAAACCGAGAAGGCUCUGCAAGGCGUCGGUACCAACAAAGACCUGGACGACACCCUGAACACCCUGAGAGGUUUCGACCAGCAGAUCGGCGACAGCAAAGCUGAAUCCGACGAAGCCGUCAAGCGUCUUCCGAACAUCAACAGCACCAUCCAGGAAGCCGUGGGUAAAAACGGCGAGGCCCAGUCGGUUCUGGACGCGGCGUCCAAAGAUCACGACGAGGCGAUGGGAAACAUCAAUACGCUGGACGACUUGGCUAAAAACCUCCAGAACACGGCCGGGUCGCUGCCGAGUGCUGACGGUUUGGUGAGCGAAGCCGACAAACUGAACCAGGAGGCCAAGGACCUGAAGGCCGGAGCGGAGCAGACGGCAGCCGGUCUGAAGGUCGGGCUGAAGGAGGCCAAGGAGCUGGCUGCUGGAGCGGAGGAGGCGGCUGCCGGAGCCACCGCGGCGCUCGCCAACGCCAAGCAGAGCAAAGACGCCGUUCAGGAAACACUGAGAUCCGUCAGCGACAUGCUGGCCAACCUGAACUCCGGAGACGUUGUGGACGAGGAGCAGCUGAGGAAGCUGGAGGCGGCUCUGGGCCGGGCGGAGGCGGAGGUGGAGGCCCGCCUGCGGCCGCGGCUGGAGGAGGCGGAGGACCAGGAGGAGGCGCAUCGCCGCCGCCUCACCGCCAUCAACACGGACAUCGACAGCAUCCUGAGGGACAUCGCCAACCUGGAGGACAUCCGGAACAGCAUCCCUGCUGGCUGCUACAACACCCCGCCCAUCGAGGAGCCCUGAGCCGCAGGUCGGAGGUCGGAGGUCAGAGGUCGCACGCUUCAACUUCAGACACUUCAGAAACUGGAACUGUUUUCCUCCUCGUGGGAGUUUCCAUCUGCUGCUGUUCAUAUCAAACCUUCCUGCCUUUAAACGGACCGUCCUGAGGAACCGGUUCUGGUCCGGUUCUGGUCUGGUUCUGGUCCAGUUCGGUCGGUCCGCUCUGCUCAUUUUAGUGUUCAGAUUAUUUUUCUACAAAAUAAAUAAAAACAACCAAACUUGUUGUUCCGCCUCUGACUCCUGAUUCAGGACAACAAAUACCUGGAAAACAGGCUGAUGUGGUUUUAUAGAUUUUAUUAUUAUUAUUAUUAUUAUUAUUAUUAUUAUUAUUAUUAUUAUACAAUCAGAUGAUAAUUAUGCAAUAAGUUUAUUAUAUUAGUUCUUACAUAAGUUCUGCAUAAUUUAACAAAGAUUUAUUUAAAAACUGUGGGACUUAAUCCACAGUUUGAAACUUUAAAGUUUUAAAUUGAAUUUGUCCAAAAGUUUCCAGCUGAUUGUAACCAUGGAAACGGUGACUGUCAUGGCGUUUCUCUAAAGUGUUCAGAUUGUUUAUUAAAACUUUUUUGUUUCAGUAUUUAUAUGUGAAUAAAGAGAUAAAACAUUUUAAUUUCUCCAAGUUUACAAACUUUCUGCCGUUGGAAAAGUUUCCAUGGAUUUAUAGAUUAUUAACAGAUUAUUAUUGCACUGAGAUAAUCAGUGACAGAAAUAAAUUUCUUUAUCUUUUCUGUAUUUAUACUUGUACAGAUUCAUAUUUUUUGCUGAUAUGAAAAAUGUUUAUUAGUUUUGUUACAAAACAUGUUGGACCACUGAAUAUUUAAGCUUCCUUAUUGAUUUCUAAUAAAAUAAAUUUCAAAUCUU